AACGUCAUAUGUGCGACGGGGACAUCGUCAUCUUCAACCGGCAGCCCACCCUGCACAAGAUGUCCAUGAUGGGUCACAGGGUCAGGAUCCUGCCCUGGUCCACCUUCCGGCUGAACCUGAGUGUCACCACGCCCUACAACGCCGACUUUGACGGUGACGAGAUGAACCUGCACCUGCCGCAGUCCCUGGAGACGCGGGCGGAGAUCCAGGAGCUGGCCAUGGUGCCCAGGAUGAUCGUCACCCCCCAGAGCAACCGGCCCGUCAUGGGCAUCGUGCAGGACACGCUGACGGCCGUGCGCAAGUUCACCAAGAGGGACGUCUUCCUCGAGAGGGGUGAGGUGAUGAACCUGCUGAUGUUCCUGUCCACGUGGGACGGCAAGGUGCCCCAGCCAGCCAUCCUGAAGCCGCGGCCGCUGUGGACAGGGAAGCAGAUCUUCUCCCUGAUCAUCCCUGGCCACAUCAACUGCAUCCGCACCCACAGCACCCACCCCGACGACGAGGACAGUGGCCCCUACAAGCACAUCUCCCCCGGGGACACCAAGGUGAUCGUGGAGAACGGGGAGCUCAUCAUGGGCAUCCUGUGCAAGAAGUCCCUGGGGACAUCGGCCGGGUCCUUGGUGCACAUCUCCUACCUGGAGAUGGGCCACGACACCACGCGGCUCUUCUACAGCAACAUCCAGACUGUCAUCAACAACUGGCUGCUCAUCGAGGGUCACACCAUCGGCAUCGGGGACUCCAUCGCCGACGCCAAGACCUACCAGGACAUCCAGAACACCAUCAAGAAGGCCAAGCAGGAUGUCAUCGAGGUGAUCGAGAAGGCCCACAACAACGAGCUGGAGCCCACCCCGGGCAACACCUUGCGGCAGACCUUUGAGAACCAGGUGAACCGGAUCCUCAACGACGCCCGCGACAAGACCGGCUCCUCUGCCCAGAAAUCCCUGUCCGAGUACAACAACUUCAAAUCCAUGGUGGUCUCGGGGGCCAAGGGCUCCAAGAUCAACAUCUCCCAGGUGAUCGCGGUGGUGGGACAGCAGAACGUGGAGGGCAAGCGGAUCCCGUUCGGCUUCAAGCACCGGACGCUGCCGCACUUCAUCAAGGACGACUACGGCCCCGAGAGCCGCGGCUUCGUGGAGAACUCCUACCUGGCCGGCCUGACGCCCACCGAGUUCUUCUUCCACGCCAUGGGCGGCCGCGAGGGCCUCAUCGACACGGCCGUCAAAACGGCCGAGACCGGGUACAUCCAGCGGCGGCUGAUCAAGUCCAUGGAGUCGGUGAUGGUCAAGUACGACGCCACGGUCAGGAACUCCAUCAACCAGGUGGUGCAGCUGCGCUACGGCGAGGACGGGCUGGCCGGCGAGAGCGUCGAGUUCCAGAACCUGGCCACCCUCAAACCCUCCAACAAGGCCUUCGAGAAGAAGUUCAAGUUUGACUACACCAACGAGCGGGCGCUGCGCCGGACGCUGCAGGAGGAGCUGGUCAAGGACAUCCUGUCCAACGCCCACAUCCAGAACGAGCUGGAGCGCGAGUUCGACCGCAUGAGGGAGGACAGGGAGGUCCUCAGGGUCAUCUUCCCCACCGGGGACAGCAAGGUGGUGCUCCCCUGUAACCUGCUGCGCAUGAUCUGGAACGCGCAGAAGAUUUUCCACAUCAACUCCCGGCUGCCCUCGGACCUGCACCCGGUCAAGGUGGUGGAGGGGGUGAAGGAGCUGAGCCGCAAGCUGGUGAUCGUCAACGGGGAGGACCCUCUGAGCCGGCAGGCGCAGGAGAACGCGACGCUGCUCUUCAACAUCCACCUGCGCUCCACGCUCUGCAGCCGCCGCAUGGUGGAGGAGUUCCGGCUCAGCGGGGAGGCCUUCGACUGGCUCCUGGGGGAGAUCGAGUCCAAGUUCAACCAGGCCAUUGCCCACCCUGGUGAGAUGGUGGGCGCGCUGGCCGCGCAGUCCCUGGGCGAGCCGGCCACGCAGAUGACCCUCAACACCUUCCACUACGCGGGGGUGUCGGCCAAGAAUGUCACCCUGGGUGUCCCCCGCCUCAAGGAGCUCAUCAACAUCUCCAAGAAACCCAAGACGCCGUCGCUCACCGUCUUCCUGCUGGGCCAGAGCGCCCGCGACGCCGAGCGCGCCAAGGACAUCCUGUGCCGCCUGGAGCACACCACGCUGCGCAAGGUGACGGCCAACACCGCCAUCUACUACGACCCCAACCCUCAGAGCACGGUGGUGGCCGAGGACCAGGAGUGGGUCAACGUCUACUACGAGAUGCCCGACUUCGACGUCAGCCGCAUCUCGCCGUGGCUGCUGCGCGUCGAGCUCGACCGCAAGCACAUGACCGACCGCAAGCUGACCAUGGAGCAGAUCGCCGAGAAGAUCAACGCCGGCUUCGGUGACGACCUCAACUGCAUCUUCAACGACGACAACGCCGAGAAGCUGGUGCUGCGCAUCCGCAUCAUGAACAGCGACGAGAACAAGAUGCAGGAGGAGGAGGAGGUGGUGGACAAGAUGGACGACGAUGUCUUCCUGCGCUGCAUCGAGUCCAACAUGCUGACGGACAUGACCCUGCAGGGCAUCGAGCAGAUCAGCAAGGUGUACAUGCACCUGCCACAGACGGACAACAAGAAGAAGAUCAUCAUCACCGAGGACGGGGAGUUCAAGGCCCUCCAGGAGUGGAUCCUGGAGACGGACGGCGUCAGCCUCAUGCGCGUGCUGAGCGAGAAGGACGUGGACCCCGUGCGCACCACGUCCAACGACAUCGUGGAGAUCUUCACCGUUCUGGGGAUCGAGGCGGUGCGGAAGGCGCUGGAGCGGGAGCUCUACCACGUCAUCUCCUUCGACGGCUCCUACGUCAACUACCGGCACCUGGCGCUGCUGUGCGACACCAUGACCUCGCGGGGACACCUGAUGGCCAUCACCCGGCACGGCGUCAACCGCCAGGACACCGGGCCCCUCAUGAAGUGCUCCUUCGAGGAGACGGUCGACGUCCUGAUGGAGGCAGCUGCCCACGGGGAGAGCGACCCCAUGAAGGGCGUGUCCGAGAACAUCAUGCUGGGCCAGCUGGCCCCGGCCGGCACCGGCUGCUUCGACCUCCUGCUGGACGCCGAGAAGUGCAAGCACGGCAUGGAGAUCCCCAGUGCCCUGCCCGGGCUCGGCGUCGGCGGCCCCACCGGGAUGUUCUUCGGCUCGGCCCCCAGCCCCAUGGGGGGGAUGUCCCCGGCCAUGACCCCCUGGAACCAGGGGGCCACCCCGGCCUACGGCGCCUGGUCCCCCAGCGUGGGCAGCGGCAUGACCCCGGGCGGGGCCGGCUUCUCCCCCAGCGCCGCCUCCGACGCCUCCGGGUUCAGCCCCGGCUACUCCCCGGCCUGGUCACCCACGCCCGGCUCGCCGGGGUCACCCGGCCCCUCCAGCCCCUACAUCCCCUCCCCCGGUGGGGCCAUGUCCCCCAGCUACAGCCCGACGUCCCCCGCCUACGAGCCGCGGUCGCCGGGGGGCUACACCCCACAGAGCCCCAGCUACAGCCCCACUUCUCCCAGCUACAGCCCCACCUCGCCCAGUUACAGCCCCACCUCGCCCAACUACAGCCCCACCUCGCCCAGUUACAGCCCCACCUCUCCCAGUUACAGCCCCACCUCGCCCAGUUACAGCCCGACCUCUCCCAGUUACAGCCCCACGUCCCCCAGCUACAGCCCCACCUCCCCCAGUUACAGCCCCACCUCGCCCAGCUACAGCCCGACAUCGCCCAGUUACAGCCCAACAUCUCCCAGUUACAGCCCCACCUCCCCCAGCUACAGCCCGACCUCGCCGAGCUACAGCCCCACCUCUCCCAGCUACAGCCCCACCUCCCCCAGUUACAGCCCCACCUCCCCCAGUUACAGCCCGACCUCGCCCAGUUACAGCCCCACCUCGCCCAACUACAGCCCCACAAGCCCCAACUACACCCCGACCUCUCCCAGUUACAGCCCCACCUCUCCCAGUUACAGCCCCACCAGCCCCAACUACACCCCAACCUCUCCCAACUACAGCCCCACCUCGCCCAGUUACAGCCCCACCUCCCCCAGUUACAGCCCCACCUCUCCCAGUUACAGCCCGUCCAGCCCCCGCUACACCCCGCAGUCGCCCACCUACACCCCCAGCAGCCCCAGCUACAGCCCCAGCAGCCCCAGCUACAGCCCCACGUCCCCCAAGUACACCCCGACCAGCCCCAGCUACAGCCCCAGCUCCCCCCAGUACACCCCCACCUCGCCCAAGUACAGCCCCACAUCCCCCAAGUACAGCCCCACGUCCCCCAAGUACAGCCCCACCUCGCCCACCUACAGCCCCACCACGCCCAAGUACAGCCCCACCUCGCCCACCUACAGCCCCACCUCGCCCGUCUACACCCCGACCUCGCCCAAGUACAGCCCCACCUCGCCCACCUACAGCCCCACGUCGCCCAAGUACAGCCCCACCUCGCCCACCUACAGCCCCACCUCGCCCAAGGGCUCCACGUACAGCCCCACGUCCCCCGGCUACAGCCCCACGUCGCCCACCUACAGCCUCACCAGCCCGGCCAUCAGCCCCGACGACAGCGACGACGACAACUGAGGGGUCAGCCUGUGGGCACGGGGGUGACGCCCCCCAGAAAAUCCCCCCAGGCCGUGGGGGUGACCCCCAGAUUGACAUGGGGACAGGGUUGUUGUCACCCCCCAAAAAACCCCCUGAGGCCGUGGGGGUGACCCCCAGAUC